CCGACGGGUUUCUCCGCUCUUGACGUCAGGAUCGGUUUGGGGGCGGGGCGGCGAGCGGGCCCGGCCCCUCCCCCACCCCUUCCCUGGCGGCGCGACCCGCUCGGAGGCCGGUUCGCUCCGGUUGAUCCCGGACUCCCUUUGUUCGUUUGGUCCUAAAGGGCUCCGGGCUCUCACCUCUUGGGCCCGACCCCCACCCCGAUUCAUUAGUGUCUAAUAAAACGGGAGAGAUAGGCCUGAAUAGAGUCUUGGAGGAAUCUGGCACUUGUUUAAGAUUAUCCGCAAUGUGACAACGUUCUGGUCAUUACCAAAGGACUUGAUGGCAAAUACAUUCGAUGAACACACAGGACAGAAGCCGUGAGAAGUGCUGAGUUCUGUGAUACUGUUUUUUAGGAUUUAGGAGCUUAUGUUACGCUUGGAAGCUUGUAUAUAGCUAAAACCAUUUCCUCUUUGAAAAUCAAGAGCAGUGCUUUUACUGGAUAAAAUUUUUAACGUUGACGCUUCACACCAUACUAACCUGCCCGAAAAAAACUUUUCGUGGCAUUACUGCUAAAGAAAUAGCACCCUUACACCUGAUGAUUGUAAAGGCCUGUCUUGAACACGAACCUUCACUACAGGCCAAGGCUGCAAAGGAACUGCCUCUCAGGAUUCUUCCCCUGAGACUCCCUUCCUUGAUUCCUUUAGGAGCUCUUUGAGGUUCUCUCGGUGCCCUGUGCUUACCUGAGGAAAAUGUCUGAUGAAUUUUCGUUGGCAGAUGCGCUACCUGAACACUCCCCUGCCAAAACCUCUGCUGUGAGCAAUACAAAACCUGGCCAACCUCCUCAAGGCUGGCCAAGUUCCAACCCUUGGAAUAACCCAAGUGCUCCACCUUCUGUGCCAUCUGGACUCCCACCAAGUGCAACACCCUCCACUGUGCCUUUUGGACCAGCACCAACAGGAAUGUAUCCCUCUGUGCCUCCCACCGGACCACCUCCAGGACCCCCAGCACCCUUUCCUCCUUCUGGACCAUCAUGUCCCCCACCUGGUGGUCCUUAUCCAGCCCCAACUGUGCCAGGCCCUGGCCCCACGGGGCCAUAUCCUACACCAAAUAUGCCCUUUCCGGAGCUUCCAAGACCAUAUGGUGCACCCACAGAUCCAGCUGCUGCUGGUCCUUUAGGUCCAUGGGGAUCCAUGUCUUCUGGACCUUGGGCACCAGGAAUGGGUGGGCAGUAUCCUACCCCUAAUAUGCCAUAUCCAUCUCCAGGGCCAUAUCCCGCACCUCCUCCCCAAGCACCAGGGGCAGCACCACCUGUUCCGUGGGGCACUGUUCCACCAGGAGCCUGGGGACCACCAGCACCAUAUCCUGCCCCUGCAGGAUCAUAUCCCACACCAGGACUCUAUCCCACUCCCAACAAUCCUUUUCAAGUGCCUUCAGGACCUUCUGGUGCUCCACCGAUGCCUGGUGGCCCCCAUUCUUACCAUUAAGUUAAUGGAUGAAGAGAGGACGCUUUGCUUUUUGAAGUACAUACGUAUGCACAUGAAUGCAUACAUAAAAAAUUGGUGGUUUCACUGUUCUUAGAGGGCAUUCAUGAAAGAACAACUCUUGCACCUCUCAGAGAAGAUAUCUGCCUCUUGUAACUUGGAUGUAUAGUACAUCUGAUGGAUACAAUCAGAUAAAAAUGUAAAAGUAAAUCAUUCAAAUGUGAUUUUUAUUUGGUUUUUAUGGAACGCUAAAGUGAUGAAGUAUAUUGAAUAGCUCUUUGAUACAAUUUGUCUAAAACAAGUUUUUGAUUUGUUUAAAUUAUGAAACCACACACUUAAAACUCUAAGAUGAUGUGGAUUAUUGUUAGAAUCUGCAACCUCAUUGGCAAAUUAUUUCAAAUAUUUUUCUAUAAUCACUUUUUCCCCUAAAUAAACACACUUUGAAAACAAUCACAUUGUCAUAAUUUAAACAAAUGAUGCCUCUCAACAUCUUGAGCUGCCCUGUCUACAGGAUGACCAAAUCUGGUCCUCUUGAGGUUGUAGUUUGGAUGUACGUUUUAAAGCUAUUGGUAAUUAUUGUCUGAUGUUGAGUUCAUUAGCCAGGCAGUGUUCGCUUUUAUCCUUGAUCUUUUAGUAAAAACUUGUCUUUCAUUUUGAGUUCCACCUGAUUUGCUUCAUUGUUAGCCAGAUGGGUCACACAUGUCUAAAAUCUGCCAUGUAUGAAAACUUUUUUCUUUUUAAUGCAGGCCAACAUGUGUGUAAAUUAUUAUUAGAGAAUUAGCAAUCUCUGUAUUACUUUGGAGUAGAUUUUGAGAUGUCAAUAUUGCUUUGGAAAGAACUCAAAGAAGGAAAUAAUUCUCUCUGUCUUGAACCUCAAGCCAGAGGAAGCCCUGGAAAUUGCUUCAUAGUGACAAGUAACUUGCAUUCCCACAAAACGCUCUUCUACUCAGACCCUUCCAGGAAGAUAGCUCUCCCUUAGUUCUUGAAGGAGCACAUCCCUUAGUUUCUCUCUGAUUCGGAAAACUGGCACACUCUAGGGGUCUAGUGUAAACACGUAAAGCAGUUACGUUUCAAGAACUUCAGUCAUUUAGACAUGACUGUUCUCUUUGUACAAGCGUGAUCAAAAUGUGUGUUUUUCGGAGUCUGGUUAAGCCGGGUCAUGGUCUCUUGCAUAGUUUCCUGCAUCUGUCUGUAAAGUGCUUAAGGCUAAUUGGUCAGUUCUGUAUUUGUUGACAGGUAAACAGGUAGAAUUGAGUGCCAUCCUUCACAACUGUCCUCUAGUUCUAACACUGAAAAUAAUAAGUGUAGAUCUCUGCAGUUGAGUUGAAAGCAGUGUGACUGUUGCUUAAAUAAGUGUAACCACCAAAAUAGCCUAAGUAGUUUUUUGGCACCUUAUCUUUAAAUCAGAUUCUUAGAUUCUUAGAACUGACUAUGUUAUUUGUCAGAUAACAUUUUGAAACUUUGAAUGUAUCCGUCGGGUUACUAAAAUAUGUUGUGAAUUUCUUGACUAGUAUAGGAGAGAUUUAUGUUAGAGCUCUUGUUUUUGCUUAGAAAUGAGAUAUUUAGUAGUUUGUUUCUCUUAUAGUUGAAAUGUCAAGAAUGCCAAAUGCUGCCAAUUUAAUGGUUUGAUAGCUACCUCCUUUUAAGAAAGCAAGAUGGUCAUCUUUGAGAAGAACAUUCAGUGUUUAAGCUCCUUUUUAAGUAGAUGAUAGAGUCAAGCUUUCAGAAUUGAAACUGAAUUGUUUAGAUAUUUUCAGACUGGGGAAUGUCGUUAGACAGCUCUUACAUAGUGGCACAAGCAGUCUUUUUUUUCUUCCCCUUGCAAGGCAAUCUACGACUAUCUACAACACUGUUGGAAUCUUUUGUCAAAGUAGCCUCCCAUUUACAAGGCAGGAGCCUUAGGAGGUAUUUUAGCUUAGGGAUCGGGCAAUAUCCUGUCAGCUAACUGGAGGAAUAAGACGGGAAAAGUGAGAUAGCAAAAAUCUCCUUGUGGUUAUUUUGGUUGUGCUACAUUGGGGUAAGUUGACAGCUCUGGCUUUAGAUACAAUAUUUAACACUAGAGGAUGAUGUUUGACUGAAACAAGUGGCAGCAUGUUUGGGAAUCUGUCAUUGCGGAGUCUGUUUAUUAGAGGAGAAAAUCUGCUAAAGGAUUGGGAAGGACCAGGAGCCUAAGAUUUGGAAUUACUACCCCCAGUAAGUAUAUACAUUUGGCUAGUAACCCAUACUGCCCAGUGUGGCCAUGACACAACACCUUUUCUUUGCUUUUCGAGGACUUUCCAACUAGUAGUUGGGAAAUUUUUUUUUAACAUAAGAAUGGGAAUCAAAGGGACUAGAAUUUACUUUUAUACUCCUUUUAGCUUUUUAGAGCAUUAUUUCUCAACUUGGGAGAGUCUUCGUUCUUGUGGGCACUCUGGGACAAAAACGUAUUUUUAGGUUCAGGGUAAAGUUAAAAGCAGAAGUUAUUUCAGUGGAGGAAUGGGGGAAAGGUUGCGAGGAAGGUUUUUUUUCUUUAUAGGGGAAUAAUGUUGCUUU